UUGCCCGCCAAUGGCUAUCAAGGUCAAUGAACCAACGUUCAAUGUUCACAUUCCUUCACAGUCGUCACCAAUCGAAACAGCAUCAUGUUAAUCUUUUGACACUGUCGGAACAUCCAUAGCAGGAACAAACAUGUUAACACAGACCAUGCAUUUCAAUCCAACAUAAUCAAUCAUCGGGAAAUAUAAAAAGCCAUUGUCAAAACCUACUAUCCAACAGAAGAUCUAGUUGAAGCAGCACGACGUCUCAACAUUAUGGCUGGAACACAAGAACUUGACCGUCUGUUAGAAGAAUUACGUCUAACAAGUAUGAAUAUGGCUGCUGGUCUGCCACCGCCUUCCACUACGCAUUACAACUCUAAACCAUACCAUUCAUCACAAACACAAAGAAAACAAUUAUUCCAUGAUGAAGUCUAUCCAGAAAAUCGAUAUACACCGAGUCGAUCAGCUUCUGCUACUGGCUACAGUACAGAUGCACAUAAUUUCAAUGAUUCUUUACACUCUAAUUAUUAUCAUAAACAUUCAACUUUAUAUUCAGAUAGAAUUGAUAAUAUUGGGAAAAAUACAAGUACGAGUAGAUAUGCAGCAUCGUUGACCAAUUCUCCUCGACAUCAUCAAACAGUAUUUACAACAACACUUAAACAACGUCCACCAGUUGCCCCUAGGAAAUUCAAUCAAAUUCAUUUGACCAUUGAUCCAGAAUGUGGAACUGCAGAUACACACUCUGCAGUCUCAGUACGAUUAGAUAAUCAAGAGUCGUAUAAACGUGAAAAGAAACUUGAAUCUGAUUUACAGUUGGCUAGACAAGAGUUAGCAAAUCUUAGACGUGCAAUGAGUUUAGUCGACGAGAGUCAUCAACGUGAAAAUCUAUGCGAUUCUAGAAAUCUUCUUUCACCAAGUCAUUCAGUGCCAAGACGAUCACCAAAUACAGAAUCACAUCAAUUUUUAAGUACAAGUUCUUCAUUUCACCGGUCUUAUCAAUCACAACAACAACAACAACAGCAGCACAGUACACCAGCUAGUAUCAGUUCAUACCAUCAAAGAACGUAUCCCAGGAAAGAACCAGUUUCUGUUUACAAAUCACAAAUUAUCACAGAUGAUGUUAACUUCUCAAUCCCAAAGCGUACAAUGAGUCAUACUAAUGUCUAUGGUGCUCCACGAUCUUGGAAUCUAAGAUCUUACCAAGGCUCUGAAUCUGAUUUGGCAUAUAAUCGUGAAAUGCCGUCAAUUUCACAUUUAGCACGUUCUGGUUAUUCAGCAAGACGUGAAUGUUUAAAACAGGAACGUGAACAAGAGCUAGCACGACAAACAAGAUUAAGGCAGAUGGCUGCCUCAUCAACAGGACUGCAUGAUUAUCGUCAGUAUCAGCAACAAAGUGCCCAUCAACAACAUCAUCAACAACAUUAUCGUUCAACGUCUGCUGUAAUUGUGAGUUAUGACUAUUUUAAACCCAAUUAUACUAUGUUUCAUCAAAGAAAUUCUCUGUCUAUUGAAGUUAUGACUUAG